AAGACUUUCACCCAAAAGGGUAACCUUAAAGCACACUUACUCAUCCACAGUGGAGAAAAACCACAUGAGUGUGAACAGUGUGGGAAGACUUUCAUCCACAUAAACAGUCUUAACAUACACCUACGCAUCCACAAAGGGGAAAGACCAUAUGGCUGUGACCAGUGUGACAAGGCUUACAUCACAUCACGUUACCUUAAAAGACAUAAAGCCAUCCACUCUGGAGAAACUCCAUAUCACUGUGGCCAGUGUGGGAAGACUUUCACCAAAAUGCAAAACCUUAAAACACACCUACGCAUCCACACCGAAAAAAACCCAUAUGAGUGUGAACAGUGUGGGAAGUCUUUCAUGGGGAUAUACAGUCUUAAGAUGCACCUACGCAUCCACAAAGGUGAAAGACUAUCAGAGUGUGACCAGUGUGGGAAGACUUUCACCAGAUUGAGUCAUCUCGAGAGACACCUACGUGUCCACAACAGUGAAAGACCAUAUGAGUGUGACCAGUGUGGGAAGACUUUCACUCAAAUGUGUAGCCUUAAAACACACCUACGCAUCCAUAACGCAGAAAAACACCAAAACAGUUUGAGUAGUUUGAGAAGAAACGCAGUGUCUGAACAAGCAGGACCAACCUUUUUUGACAAGAACAUCAAACUUAAAAACCUCCAGCUCUGCCUCCACAGAGUCCAGAUGUGAAGACAAAUACCAGACUGAAAGCUGUGGUUUUUUUGUCCUCAGAGUAAAGAAGUGUGUUCUAAUGCACCACCUUCACAAAACAGUGACGUUACAGAACCUCCACCUGCCACAGUGUGUAAAGUUCAACUAGUGGAGGUCAACAAGGACGUGGUUUCAAUGGGGAUACUACUACUUU